UACCCCUCCGCUGACCGGGGAUAGUCACGUGACGGGGGGAGUCACGUGAAGGGGGUCCCGGACGCCGGGGUCCCCGGGAAGGUUUUGGGGGGGGGGUCCCGGACGCUGGGGUCCCCGGGAAGGUUUUGGGGGGGGUCCCGGACGCCGGGGUCCUCAAAUGGCGACCCCCGCCCUGGUCCGGGGCCUGAGGGCCGCCCCCCGCCGCGCCCUGGGGUCCCCCGUGGGAAGCCGGGCCCGGUGUAGCGGGGACCCCCCCGGGUCCCCCCAGGCUGUGGGACCCCCGCCCUGGGAACCCCCCGAGCAGGCCCGGCUGCGCGCGCGGGAGCACAAGGAGAGGCGGCAACGGGAGAGGCGGGAGAGAGCGGCGCUGGCGGGGGCCGGGCCGCCGGCGCCGACAGCCCCCCCCAAGGCCUGGACCCCAAAAUCCAUUGUGGAGUAUCAGCACCCCCUGGAUCCCGACGGCAAGAAGGCCACGGGGGUGCCGCUGCCCCCCGCCUACAGCCCCCGUUACGUGGAAGCCGCCUGGUACAGCUGGUGGGAGCGGCAGGGUCUCUUCACCCCCCCGGCCUCGGUGUCCGGGGGGGGCCAAGUGCUGAGCGUGGUGUUGCCCCCCCCAAACGUCACCGGUUCCCUCCACCUGGGCCACGCGCUCACCGUCGCCCUCCAGGAUGCCCUUGUGCGCUGGCGACGGAUGCAGGGCUGGGCCGUGCUCUGGGUGCCGGGCACCGACCACGCCGGCAUCGCCACCCAGGCGGUGGUGGAGCGUUGGCUGUGGCAGCGACGAGGUUUACGGCGUCAGGAUCUGACCCGCUCCGAGUUCCUGGAGGAAGUUUGGGCCUGGAAACGACGGCACGGUGACGAGAUCCUGCAGCAGCUGCGGGCGCUGGGAGCGUCGCUGGACUGGACCCGCUGCGCCUUCACCAUGGACCCCGGUUUCUCGCGAGCGGUGGCGGAAGCUUUCGCGCGGUUGCACGAAGCCGGGUUGAUUCACCGCGACCGACGUCUCGUCACCUGGUCCUGCGCCCUUCGUUCCGCCCUGGCCGACGUGGAGGUGGAGCCCCGCGCCCUGACGGGCCCCACGGCGUUGCGUGUCCCCGGUUGUCCCCAACCCGUCACCUUCGGUGUCCUCGUCACCUUCGCUUACCCCGUGGAGGGUGGGGAUGGCCUGGAGCUGCCGGUGGCCACGACGCGCCCCGAGACGAUGCUGGGGGACGUGGCCGUGGCCGUGCACCCCUCGGACCCCCGCUACGCUCACCUCCACGGCCGCCGCGUGCGUCACCCCUUCACGGGGCAGCUCCUGCCCGUCGUCACCGACCCCGCCGUGGACCCCGCCCGCGGCACCGGCGCGCUCAGGGUGACGCCGGGUCACAGCCCCCCCGACCUGGCGCUGGCCCGCGCCCACGGGCUGCCCCUGCUCUCCGUCAUUGGGGACGACGGCACCGUGUGUCCCCCGGGCGGGGGGUGGCUCCAGGGCGUCCAUCGCUUCGUGGCGCGGGAGCAGGUGGUGGCCGCGCUGGCCGAGCGAGGGCUGUUCCGCGGCGCCCAGGACCACGCCAUGACGCUGCCCAUGUGCAGCCGCUCCGGGGACGUCAUCGAGUACCUGCUGAAGAGCCAGUGGUUCCUGCGGUGCCGGGAGAUGGCACAACGUGCCCGAGAGGCGGUGACAUCGGGGCGUCUCAAACUCGUCCCCAAAUUUCAUGAGAAGAACUGGAAAACGUGGAUGGACAAUGUCGGGGACUGGUGCCUCUCACGGCAGCUGUGGUGGGGACACCGGGUGCCGGCGUAUCGGGUGGGGGUUCCCUCGACAGGGUCCCCCCCCGAGCGCCCCGAUGAGCUCUGGGUAGUGGGGCGCAGCGAGGCCGAAGCCCGCGCCGCCGCCGCACGCGCCCUCCGCUGCCCCCCCGACGAUCUGCAGCUCCAGCAAGACCCCGACGUCCUGGACACCUGGUUCUCCUCUGCCCUCUUCCCCUUCGCCGCCCUGGGCUGGCCCGAAGAGACCCCCGACUUGCAGCGGUUCUACCCCACGAGUGUGCUGGAGACGGGCAGCGACCUCCUCUUCUUCUGGGUGGCGCGUAUGGUCAUGCUGGGCCAGCAGCUCACCGGGCGCCUGCCCUUCUCCCAGGUCCUUCUGCACUCGCUAGUGCGUGACACCCACGGGCGCAAGAUGAGCAAAUCCCUGGGCAACGUCAUCGACCCCCGUGACGUCAUCACCGGCGCCUCCCCCCAGGAGCUGCAGGAGAAGCUCCACUCCAAGAUCCUGGACCCCCACGAGCUCACGGUGGCCACAGAGGGCCAGAGGCGCCAGUUCCCCCAUGGCAUCCCCGAAUGCGGCACCGACGCCCUCCGCAUGGCCUUGUGCUCCCACAACGUCCACGGUGACGACAUCCGCCUGGACGUGGGGACGGCCUUGAGCUACCGUCACUUCUGCAACAAGAUCUGGAACGCCGUCAAGUUCGUCCUCGCCGCUUUGGGACCCAACUUCGUCCCCCAGGCUCCUGAGGAGAUGGUGCCGCAGCACCCGAUGGACCGCUGGGUGCUGAGCCGGCUGGCGCAGGCAGUGGGCGAGUGCGGGCGGCGGAUGGAGGCCCUGGAGGUCCACAGCGCCAUCGCUGCCGUCCAUCACUUCUGGUUGCGGAGCUUCUGCGACGUCUACCUGGAGACGGCCAAGCCGGCAUUACGGGAUCCGGGAUCCGGAGCCGAGACCCGCCGGACCCUGCUGAGCUGCGCCGAGCUGGGCCUUCGUCUCCUCGCCCCCUUCGCCCCCUUCCUCACCGAGGAGCUCUGGCAGCGCCUGCCCCGCGCCCCCCCUGCGCCCCCCACCCUCUGCCUCGCCCCUUUCCCCGACGCCGCCCGCUUGGCUCACUGGCGCUGCCCCAAGGUGGAGGCCGAGGUGGCGGCCAUGCAGGAGGUGGUGAGGGCGGUGCGAGCCCUGCGGGACACCUUCCGCCUCGGCGCUGCUCGGCCCCCUGUGGCGGUGCGGUGCCCAGUGGAGGCGCAGGAUUCGCUGGCGGCGCUUGGCCCCGCCCUCCAGGCCCUGGCGCAGGCGGGGCCUCUGCAGCUCCUCCCCCUGGGGGCGGAGCCAGAGCUGGGCCCCACCUGGGUGGGGGCUCCCGCGGGUCCCAACGCCCACGUCUACCUCUGCCUGCGGGGGCUGGUGGAGCCGGCGGCCGCCCGCGCCCAGCUCCGCGCCCGCAGCCAGAGCCUCCAGCGUCGCCUCGAGACCCUCGGGGGGACCCAGAUGUCCCGGGGGGGACCCCAGGAGUCUGGGGGGGACACGCAGGCAUCCGGGGCCCCCCCCGCCCCCCAACAGCAGGUCGCCAUCCUCCGCUCCGAGCUCGCCCGCCUCCUCCAAGCCUUGGAUGCCCUGGAAGCCGCCGACCCCCCCGAGGACCCAGGCGGUUGGGGGGGGGACCCAGGCAUCGGGGGGGACCCCAGGACCUAAUUAAACCCCUCCCCCCCCAAUUUCAAAGCCCUAA